AUGAAAGGAAUCCUGGAAAGUGGCUUAGACGAAGCUCCAGAGAUAUGGGAUAUGCCCUUCUACUUGCUAGGUGGUGCUGGGACUCACUAUCCUCGAAGAGAUCGCACAGGAAAGCCUAUCCUUCCUCCGAAUGCCUUACCGACGAGUGAACUUAGCGAUCAUGACCUUCUGGCCGAUUUUGGCCUCAAUGGCGAGUGGCUUGAUUCACAUGACGUGGAAGGCUAUCUUGGGGAGAAAGCAUUUGCCUCGGUCGCUGCCCUGCGUUUCGCCGAGAAGAUAUCGAGCACACGUUUCGCCUCGCAUUGA